GGAGAGGGGAGACAGGGGAGGGAAGGGAGAGGGGAGACAGGGGAGGGAAGGGAGAGGGGAGGUAGUGAGAGAGACAGCAGGAAAUGUUUUUGUCUUUGUUUUUUUUUGUAUCAGACGGUGCACAUAUCAGUUACAGCCAGGUGCUGGUGCCCUUUGGUGUUCCUUUUCUCCAGCUACUGUGUUCUCUAUUUCUUGUGCAAUGGAUAUUUGGCUUCAGUGGGAAGUGAUUGUGAGCACUUACACCAACUUCAAAAGCUAGCAAGAGAAAAUAAUCCGCUACAGCAUUAAUCCAAGCAAACAGUCAUGUCUACAGCCUCUUUUAUUGCAUCGCUUUACAUAUUUGUUGGCGGAUUUGGGUUCCUCCUGAGUGCAAUUGCAAUGAUUCUUCUCGCAACACAAUCCCAGCAGCCACUGAUGUCUCUCACUAUCUAUGGGCUCACUGAUACAAUAGCAGGAGUACUAACAGGCAUUGGGGUAUUCUGUGACGGUUGUCUUCAGUUCACUCAUUUGAUGUACAGUAACUCAUGCCACAGAUAUUAUGUGGUAUAUAUUUUGCUUGUGUUUCCCCUGGCUUCAGUAAAUUUCUCAGCUCUGGGCAUGGCCAUAGAGAGGUUUCAGAUUGUGAGAAAUUCUGUGUUGCAAUCAAGUAAGUUCCACCGAUGCUUUCCUUUCACCUGGACAAUGACAACCUGUCUCAGUGCUUUCACAUUCAUGAUUGUACUUUGGGGUAAUACACAUGUAGAUUCUAUCCAGACUAUUAAAGAUUUUUCUUUUUACUGGGAAAAAAGUCAAGAAAUUCGUCACACACGGCAUCUUCUAGAUGACUUGUGGGCAUACAACAGUCAAUACGAUUCCUCUGCAGACCAACAAGAAGAGAUUAUCGUCAAUAUGGUGCGUAGCAUUAUUCAGAACUUCUCUUCGCCUGCCCAAGACAAUGAGCUUAAUGAUAGGUUUAACAAUUCUCCCAUCACUCAACAUCACUCAAAUCUUUCACCAAUGCUUGGACACACAGUAAAUGUUUCCCCUGGAUAUCACAACAUCCUGUCAAAAUUUCCAGUACGGAGAUUCAACACAACUAUUUCACCUUUGGAUUACAACAAAGCAAUUCUUGCUAAAGUUACCAACACUCCUUCCUCUCCAAACCUACCUUCAAGAUCCGAUAUGACCAAGGUGACUGGGUGUAAUGCAACGCAAAGGGAAACAACACGUGUAUCCCAUCCUGGUCCCAACCAGGCAAAGACAUUCCUACCUUCCAUAUCUGACAUUAUCAAUCUUUUGACUGGUCCUCACCAAAAUGUACAAACCCUUCAGGAUCAGGGAACAACUAAUGGGAACCUUAACCAGGAUCAUAUAACAGAGCAAAACCAUGAGACUUCAACUACUCCUGUCAUCACAACCCAAUCAUUCACUGAGUCACACACAAAGACUGCAGAACCCAUAGCCGAGACUAUCAAUUCCGAACUACCACUAAUCACCACACUAGAAGAUUCAGGAAAAAUUACCACAACAAAUUCUGAGCCUGAGACUACUGCUAGUCUACAUGACACGGUUGAUUCAUCUUACGUUGUAACAACUCUUGAUAGCACCCAUAUAAUUACUACCAAGGUGGACUCUCUGAUUCAUGAAUACAGUGAUACAUCAGCAACAUCACCUGAAUUGACUACCCCUCCCACAGCUCAUGAAGGCAUAGAAGUUGAAAUAGAAGCAAAUGUAGCAUCUUCAGAUAAUGCUACAUCUGAUGAACAAGUUUCAGAAGAGACUGAAGUAAAAAUCUUUACAACAGAAACAACUGAAGGGGAGGAGGCUUCAACACCUCCGCUAUGCCCUACCAAUGCCCUCACAGAAAGACCCACAUCUGAUACUCCCAUCACUACCACAACAUCCACCCCUCUUACUGAACACAGAACCACCAAUCGUGAGACAGCACCACAGAUACCAGAUACUGAAAACAUUGCUAGCAACACAGAGUCUGAUGUGCUGUCCAGUUUGAUCCCUUCCCAACAAGAGAACAUUUCUAACGAUUCCCUGAAACCAACUGGGCCUCCCUUGUAUAUCAUAUGUUACACCAAGGAGAGAUUUCUUCAGAGCUACACAACCAUCAUCUUCACCUGUAUAUUUGCCAUGCCAAUUCUAGCCACCACAGGACUAAAUUUGUACAUGGCAUGGUCACUCUCUCACUACAGACACUCCAGACUUACUGAAACCACAAACAACAAUUGGUUAAAACUGCGUAAGGCUGUCCUUCAGGCCCUCAUACUCCUUGCAGCCAAUGCCAUCUGCUGGGUGCCCUUCCUCGUGGAGCGGCUCUUGUAUGCCUGGGCGCCAGACUGGGACUUCCCAUCAGCUGUCCCCGCCUUGCUCUUCCUCCUUGGUCAUUCCCAUAACGUUCUGCGAGGUCUUUUCUAUCUCUGGCAGAAUACUAAGGUUCAAAGCCGUGUUUCUCCUGAGCCAGUCACACCAGCAUCUCUACCUUGCAUGGAAGGGUCUCCAGUCGUUCCAAUGCAAGUCACAACGAUGCUGCCCUUAGAGGGAGACCACCCCUUCCUCGUACCUCAUGCCAUGGAGAGCGACAUCCCCUCACCAAGAACAGCUAAACUGGUGCCAAGGGAACCAAUUGCUACACCUUUGAAUCCUUCCCCUAACUCUACAAAACUGUUAACCCAAAACCAAUAAACUAUGAAGCACAUGCAAUGUUUGGCAAAUAAAAUGUUCAAAAUAAAUAGAGAAAUAUUUGAAAUUUGCUACAUAAAUCAAACACAUGAAAUAAUAAAAAGACCAUUGGACUAAACUGAAUAACAAGGUCAUCAAAAUUCCACUGGUCGAUCCAACAAAGCAGAGCUCACACUGGUUCAUCAUUUGUGAAUAAAAUAUUUUGUAUACCUGUCUUUUCUAUGGUUUUUGUUUUUUGUACUCGAGAAUUUUACUAGUUGGAAAAAUGAUAGAAAAAAAUGUCUAAAAAUGUU